ACUUGAGUCAUUUGUUUUAUUUUUUCUUAAAUUUUCUGGUAUAUAUAGCACUUGUGAGCAACGGAACUGAUCUGAAUGUGCACUUGUUCUGGUGUAUAUUUCUGAAUGACAGUUAAAGGCUGUCUGUUAAAGAAGGAUUCAGUAAAACAACUUUAAUGGAACCGUCAGAGAAAGUUCACUGAAGGGACUCUGAAGGUUUUGCAAAGUAACCUUUUAUUUUGUGUAAGUACUUUAAGAGGAAAGAAAAUAUUGGAGUCGAAUUCCUUGUAUGUGUGCACUUCUUUGACUCAAAGAUUAUUCUGAUCCUAGGUGCUUUUGUCCCUGCUGACAUUUUGUCUGCUUUGAGCUUCCGUAGAACAAGCUCGGUUUCCAUAGAGACCAUCUGCGGCAAAGCCCAAUGGGCACCUAGCUUGGACACAACAACAGCAGAGGAGGAACCUGUCUUCGUUUUACUGUACAGUACUUAUAGGUCAAAAUGUCCUUCAGAGAUUUAAGAAAUUUCACAGAAAUGAUGAGGGCCUUGGGUUAUCCUCGCUUGAUAUCCAUGGAGAACUUCAGAACACCUAAUUUCACUCUAGUUGCAGAAAUCCUAAUAUGGCUUGUAAAGAGAUAUGAGCCUCACACUGAUAUUCCCACUGAUGUGGACACAGAGUCAGACAGAAUAUUCUUCAUCAAGGCUGUGGCUCAGUUCAUGGCAACAAAGGCUCACAUCAAGCUGAACACCAAGCGUCUUUACCAGGCUGAUGGCUAUGCAGUGAAAGAGAUGCUGAAAAUCACCUCAGUGCUGUACAGUGCAAUGAAAACCAAGCAGAUGGCUCUCGGAGAUAGAGCUGAGGAGGACAACAACAAGUUUAAGUUUGACCUCGGUUCUCGGAUUUCAGAUCUUAAAGCAGCUCGGCAGCUGGCAUCCGAGGUCACGUCUAAAGGAGCAUCUCUAUAUGAUUUACUGGGAAAAGAAGUAGAUCUAAGGGAAAUGAGAAUUGCAGCCAUUGCCAGACCUCUGGAGAUCAAUGAGACUGAAAAGGCCCUGAGGGCUUCCAUCAAGGAGGUUUUGGAAAGUGUGGAAAAGACCAAAGACAUGCUCAGUAAUGUUGUGUCUGAUGAGACCAGUCUGGACGCCAAGAUAGAAAAGAAGAAGCAAGAGCUGGAGAGGAAUCGGAAGAGGCUCCAGACCCUGCAGAGUGUCAGGCCAGCAUUCAUGGAUGAAUACGAGAAGAUUGAGGAAGAGCUGCAGAAACAAUAUGACACAUAUGUAGAGAAGUUCAAGAAUCUCAGCUUCUUGGAGUCUCAACUGGAUGAAUACCAUAGACUGGAGCAGGAGAGGUUUGAGGAAGCUGAAAACACUCUGAGGAUAAUGCAACACAAACUGAGAGAGGAGGAGAGGGAGCUAAUGAAGAGUUCCUUAAAAGAUGAGGACUCUGACAUGGAUGUUCCGGAGGAUGAAGGUUCAGACAGCGACAUGGAAGAGUGUCUGCCUUCUAAACCACGACCCACAAGAAACGGCAUCAUGGCAGGGAGAGGAGCACGUUUCAUCGGGAACAUGCAGGGUGGUGACAGUGAUGAGGCCUUUUUAGCUGUUUCCAGAAGGUCAAUCCCUCAUGCCAAAAAACAGCGGAAAGGAAAGACCGAAGACAGCGAGGUUGAUGUGGAUGAGGAUGAUGAGGAAGAUGAGGAAGGCGAAGAGGAGGAGGAGGAGGAGGAGAGCAAAGAUUUGGAGGAUGACAGUUUGGAGGGUCCAGUGUCCAGGGGUCCUCGUCCCCCGAGAGGAGGCAUGAGACCUCCUCUGCUGGAGGAAAGCGACAACGACUUCUGAAAGAAGAAUGUGCAGAUACACAUGACCUCCAGCUGUUUCUGUAUUCAGACCAUGUCAUUACUUCUCAGAAAUAUAUUUUUGAAACCAUGUUUUUUUUUUUGUAUCAGAAACCAUCAAUAUAGCUCAUACUCUUGAAUAUUUGUGUUAACGUUUUGUCAUAAUAAAAUAUUCCAAAAUGUA